GGGGGGGCGGGGAGGAGGCGGCACUGCAGCUGCAUGUGUCUGUAGCGGCGGGGCCGGGGCGUCGUCAUCUGCAUUCACAUGGGGGCGGCGCCGCCGGCCUCCGCCUGAAGCCCCCGCCGGGGGAGACACAAAACCCACGCGAGGCGCGGGGCGCCGCGACCCCCGCCCGCCGCCGCCAUCGCCAUGAAUUCGGCGGAGCAGACCGUUACGUGGCUGAUCGCCCUGGGCGUGCUGGAGUCGCCCAAAAAGACCAUCUCCGACCCCGAGGGCUUCCUCCAGUCCUCGCUGAAGGACGGCGUGGUGCUGUGCCGCCUGCUCGACCGCCUGCUGCCGGGCACCAUAGACAAAGUGUACCCGGAGCCGCGCACCGAGGGCGAGUGCCUGAGCAACAUCCGCGAGUUCCUGCGGGGCUGCGGCGCUUCCCUGCGCCUGGAGACUUUUGAUGCAAAUGACCUGUAUCAGGGACAGAAUUUCAGCAAAGUUCUUAGCUCUCUUGUGGCUUUAAAUAAGGUGACUGCAGACAUAGGGCUGGGCAGUGACUCUGUAUGUGCACGUCCUUCAUCUCAUCGGAUAAAAUCCUUUGAUUCUUUGGGAUCCCAGUCUUCACACAGCAGAACUUCAAAACUCUUUCAGGGACAGUAUCGGAGUUUGGACAUGACAGAUAACGGCAACCAUCAGUUGGUGGUGAGAGCCAAAUUUAAUUUUCAACAGACAAAUGAAGAUGAACUUUCUUUUUCAAAAGGCGACAUUAUUCAUGUUACAAGAGUGGAAGAAGGAGGCUGGUGGGAAGGAACUUUAAAUGGAAAAACAGGGUGGUUUCCAAGUAACUACGUACGAGAAAUUAAAUCAAAUGAAAAACCAGUCUCACCCAAAUCAGGUACAUUGAAGAGUCCACCUAAAGGCUUUGAUACAUCUGCAAUUAACAAAAGUUAUUACAAUGUGGUGCUACAAAAUAUAUUAGAAACAGAAAAUGAAUAUGCUAAGGAGCUACAAACAAUGCUUUCAAACUACCUGCGACCAUUGCAAGCCAGUGAAAAGUUAACCUUGACAAAUACUUCAUAUUUAAUGGGAAACCUGGAAGAAAUAAGUUCUUUCCAGCAAAUGCUUGUACAGUCUUUAGAAGAAUGCACCAAGUUGCCUGAAGCUCAGCAGAGGGUUGGAGGAUGUUUUCUAAACUUGAUGCCACAAAUGAAAAGCUUAUACCUUACUUAUUGUGCCAACCACCCAUCAGCAGUUAAUGUUCUUACAGAACACAGUGAGGAACUAGGAGAAUUCAUGGAGAUGAAAGGUGCAAACAGUCCUGGGAUCCUUGUACUGACCACGGGCCUCAGCAAACCUUUUAUGCGUCUGGAUAAAUACCCCACGUUACUCAAAGAACUUGAAAGGCACAUGGAGGAUUAUCAUCCGGAUCGUCCAGAUAUUCAGAAGUCCAUGACUGCCUUCAAAAAUCUUUCUGCACAAUGUCAAGAAGUACGGAAACGGAAAGAACUUGAACUGCAAAUACUGACAGAAGCUAUUCGUUGUUGGGAGGGAGAGGAUAUCAAAACACUUGGCAAUGUGAUUUACAUGUCCCAAGUCAUGAUUCAGUGUGCUGGAAGUGAGGAAAAGAAUGAAAGGUAUCUUCUUCUCUUCCCUAACAUUUUGCUUAUGUUGUCUGCCAGCCCAAGAAUGAGUGGGUUUAUCUAUCAGGGAAAACUGCCUAUGACGGGAAUGACUAUUACAAAGCUAGAAGACAGUGAAAACCAUAAAAAUGCAUUUGAAAUAUCAGGAAAUAUGAUUGAAAGGAUAUUAGUAUCUUGUAACAACCAACAAGAUUUGCAUGAAUGGGUGGAUCACCUGCAGAAGCAAACCAAAGUCACAACUGUUGGGAAUCCCACCAUUAAACCUCACUCUGUGCCAUCUCACACGCUUCCUUCCCACCCAGUGACUCCCUCCAGCAAGCAUUCAGACAGCAAGCCAAUACCACUGACUCCUGCCUACCACACUCUCCCUCAUCCAUCCCAUCAUGGGACUCCACACACCACGAUAAACUGGGGGCCGCUGGAGCCCCCCAAGACGCCCAAGCCCUGGAGCCUGAGCUGCCUGCGGCCCGCGCCUCCCCUGCGGCCCUCGGCAGCUCUCUGCUACAAAGAGGAUCUCAGUAAAAGCCCUAAAACCAUGAAAAAGCUGCUUCCCAAACGCAAGCCAGAGCGGAAACCAUCAGAUGAAGAGUUUGCACUGAGAAAAAGUACAGCUGCUUUAGAAGAAGAUGCUCAGAUUCUUAAAGUAAUUGAAGCAUAUUGCACAAGUGCCAAAACACGUCAAACACUAAAUUCAACAUGGCAAGGCACUGACCUGAUGCAUAAUCACGUCUUGGCUGAUGAUGACCAAUCAAGUCUAGACUCCUUGGGUCGUCGCAGUAGUCUUUCUCGUUUGGAGCCUUCAGACCUCUCAGAAGACUCUGACUAUGACAGUAUAUGGACAGCCCAUAGUUACAGAAUGGGGUCUACAUCUCGUUCCCGUAAAGAAUCAGCUCCUCAAGUCCUGCUUCCAGAAGAAGAAAAAAUUAUUGUAGAAGAAACUAAAAGUAAUGGUCAGACUGUUAUAGAAGAGAAAAGCCUUGUUGACACAGUAUAUGCACUAAAGGAUGAAGUACAGGAGUUAAGACAGGAUAACAAAAAGAUGAAGAAAUCAUUAGAAGAGGAACAAAGAGCUCGCAAGGACUUGGAGAAGCUUGUUAGAAAAGUUUUAAAGAACAUGAAUGAUCCAUCUUGGGAUGAAACCAACUUAUAACCACUUUUUCCCCCCCUUCUUCUUUCUAUUGAAAGACCAGUUGUACAACUGAGCUGGGAAGCCUUCUGACAUUAGUCAGUGUUGCAUCAAGAGCACUAUAAAACAGGAUUUAACUGGAUCUAGUGAUUUCUUGUUCUGAACAUACAGAAAGAGUCAAGCCAUUUACUGAAGCAAUCUGUACUUUAAGCAUGGAGACUGUGGAUCCUGAACUCUACUAAACUUAAUUUGUUUGCAUCCAAAUUACCUCAUUUUGCAGAAAGUGCAGCACCUGACUAAAAGUCCAUGAUUUUCAGUGGCUUUUUAAUUAAAUAUGUAUUUUUCAUGUAAAUAGCUGUAAUUUAGAAUGCAUAUGUGAUUGAUGUAUCAGGGUUGAUAUUCUGGGGUUUUUUUCUUCUGUUAUUAUAAUGGUCACAAGUGUUAGAAAUGAUGGCAGUACUGUCUUACCUAAGAGAGGUCAGAGUUCUUUGUGGAUAAUUAUGAAUUAGUUCCAAAUUACCUACUCACCACACAUGCAAAUUUAAGCCCCUAUUUUUCCUAUUUACCACUAUAUUUAAAUCCUUUACUGUUACCUGUUAGUUUAAACAGUUUACAGUUCCUUAAGAACAGUAUUAAAAUACAAGAAUUUGUUUAUUGACAGUAGAAACAAUUUUUAACAAAUCUAAUGCCCACAAUUUACCUUCACAUACACUUGUUUGGCAGACUAAUCUAUUGUGUUUGGCCACCAAAAGACUGAUGUACUUGCCUGCUUUUUAUGACUGUGAUUUUUAGGUGUUUAUGUACUACAUUUUCUAUUGUUGUGCUUAAACAUACAGCUGGCUAAUAACAGAGCAUACAGUUUGUUAAAGGAAAAAUCAAUCUAAUCCAGAAUUUUGUGAAUAAAUUGUUGCUAUUUAUAUUUUAUGGUCACAGCAAUUAAAUUUUGGCUAACCUUUGUGCAUAAGACACAUGGGCUAAGCCAAACUUCAUUCAGA